AUGGAACCCGGGCCGCGGCGGCGGCGCACUUGGUGCCCGCCGGUCUCCGCCUUCCUGCGCGAUCCGAGCUCCGGGCGCGUCUACAGGCGCGGGAAGCUGAUCGGCAAGGGUGCCUUCAGUCGCUGCUACAAGCUGGUGGACAUGUCCACCAGUGCCGUGUUCGCCCUCAAGGUGGUGCCUCGUGCUGAGGGCGGGGCCGGGCGACUGCGCUCCCUCGGUAAGGUGGAACGCGAGAUCGCCCUGCACAGCCGCCUGAAACACCGCAAUAUCGUAGCGCUCCACGGACACUUCGCUGACCGGGAGCACGUGUACAUGGUGCUGGAGUACUGCAGCCGCCAGUCACUGGCCCACGUCCUGGAGGCGCGGCGGACUCUGACGGAGCCUGAGGUGCGCUAUUACCUGCGGGGCCUGGUCAGCGGCCUGCGCUACCUGCACCAGCGGCGGAUCGUGCACCGCGACCUGAAGCCCAGUAACUUCUUCCUGAACAAGAACAUGGUGAUAAAGAUUGGAGACCUGGGGCUGGCUGCCAGGGUGGGGCCAGGGGGCCACUGCCACAGAGUGCUCUGUGGGACCCCAAACUUUCUGGCCCCAGAGGUCAUCUCCAGGAAUGGGCACUCCUGCCAGUCAGACAUCUGGGCUCUUGGCUGCAUCAUGUACGCAGUGCUGACCGGUACCCCUCCCUUCACGGUGGCUCCCCUGUCGGAGAUGUACCAGAACAUCCGAGAUGGCCGCUACCCCGAGCCUGCCCACCUGUCACCCAACGCACGCCGCCUCAUCGCCCGCCUGCUGGCGCCCAACCCGGCGGAGCGGCCCAGCCUGGACCUCCUGCUGCAGGAUGACUUCUUCACACAGGGUUUCACUCCAGACCGGCUGCCAGCCCACUCGUGCUACAGCCCACCCAUCUUCACCACGCCCCAGCCCCUGGGCAGGCUCUUCCGGAAGGUGGGCCGGCUGCUGCUGACCCAGUGCCGGCCGCCCUGCCCCUUCACUCCCAGCGAGGCCUCGGGUCCAGGAGAAGAGGCUUCAGAUCCUGACUCCAUGGAGCGUGGCCGUGAGGCCUCCCUGUUGGACAGAGGCGCUCCCCACCCCGAGGUCCCCGUCCGCCUACUCACCCAAGGGACCCUCAGGAGUGACCUGGCUGGGCCCCCGGGGGACCAGAGGCAGGAGGUCGAGGCGGCCAUCAGAAACCUGCAGCUCUGCCUGGACCCUGGACCCCCACAGGACCCCCCAGGAGAGCAGCGGCCCAUUCUCUGGGCCCCCAAGUGGGUGGAUUAUUCCAGCAAGUAUGGCUUCGGCUAUCAGCUGUCGGAUGGGGGCAGUGGUGUCCUGCUUCGGGACGGCACGCACAUGGCCCUGCGCCCCCCGGGGGACUAAGUGUCCUGCAUGCCUGCCCGGGGGAAGCUGGAAACCUUCACUCCAAGGGACGUGCCCAGCCCACUGGGUGCCAAGCUGGCCGUCCUCCAGCUCUUCGGCCGCUGUAUUCAGCAGCGGCUGCGAGAGGAGGGGGCCCGGCCCACGCCCACCCCGCCGGCAGCCCCCCGCCUCUGCCUGCUGCACAUCCUGGCGUCCGCGCCGGCUUCGCUCCCGCUCUUCCUCGACGGGACGGUGCAGAUCAGCUGCAGUGACGACCAGACUCACCUGGUGCUGAGUGGCCGGGGCGACGAGUUGCAGUUCACGACACAGAUGGGCCUGAUCUCCGCCAACACAAGAAUUCAUACCAGCGUGGGGUCGUGCCGCGACCAGAGCACUGAAGCAUGUGACGUUUGCUCGAUGGCCGAGCAGCAAGAAAGUGGGUGUCCGCGCUGGGAAGUUGGUGACCGUGGUCUGCAGGGCGACCGUGCUCUGGGAGCCCCGGGCUGA